GGACGGAGGGGAGACAGUAAGCGAGAAGAGUGGCAGCAGAUAAAUUUGACUAUGUGGGUGUGUGAAGUAUCAAGGCAUGCAUCAUAAUUGUGGAUUUUUUGCGGAGCAGCCGGUCAUGUCCCUGCAGCAGGAGGACAUUAAUGGCGUUCUUUUUAUAUUUUGAAACAGAGCUUUGAACGCUGAAAGCAACAAAAGAUGAAAACGGUUUGGUUUCUGCUGCCUGGAGGAUUUCAUCAACUGGGAGUAUAAAGGAAUUUUUGAAAAGUUAAAGGGUUGAAGAGUGGAAAAUGUUGAUGCCUUUUGAUUGUCAAUAAUCGGGAUAUUGAGCCAAGACUUUAUUUGAGAUGGCCGUCAGCCCCAUCAUCCUCUGCCUUCUGCCUCUGAUCGGAUACGGUUGGGCCCACCCAUCUCCCCCUCCUCCCCGGGGAUGCAGCGUUGAUGUUGACCCACCUUACAGAGUGCUGUGUGACCUGGAGUCAGUGUGGGGCGUGGUUCUGGAGGCCGUGGCCUGCUGUGGUGGCCUCAGCUCCCUCGUCCUCGCCGUGCUCCUACUGGUCAGGCUGCACUCCAUCCCUGAGCCUUCCCGGCGGUCCGGCUUUGGGCCUCUCCUCCUGCUCCUAGGCACACUCCUGGGACUCUUCUCCAUAUCACUAGCCUUCCUCGUGGGCAAGAAUCAAGCCCUCUGUGUGGUGCGCAGGGCCUUCUGGGGGCCCCUCUUCGCCCUCUGCUUCUCAAGCUUGCUGGUUCAGGGAGUGAGGCUCAGGAGGCUUGUGGCUGGACAGACGAGCCCCUCAGGCAGUUCCCUCGCAGCUCUGGGUCUGGCCCUGGCCCUGGUUCAGGGGAUCAUCUCUGCUGAGUGGGUCCUGCUGACUGUAGUGAGAGAGGGUCACCCAGCCUGUGAAUAUCCACCUUUAGACUUUGCCCUGACCUGCAGCUACACCCUUGGGCUGCUCCUCAUAGCUAUGGGGCUCUCUCUUGGAGUGGUGCUUUGUGGAGGAGAGUUGGGGGUUGAGGGAGCAGGUGGGGGUGAAGAAGAUAGAGAAGGAGAAAAUGAAAAACAGAGAUGGAAGUGUAACGCUGUCUGGCUCUUCCUGUCAAGUUUGGCAUCAGCACUGCUAUGGGUGGCCUGGCUGGGGUUUUAUCUCUAUGGCAGCCAGAUGCUGAGGGGGAAGGGGAAGGGGGAUAGGUUGGGCGGAGGAAAGAGGGAAGAAAAGGUGCUGGAUGAGCCUGCGUUAGCAGUGGCCUUGGUCAUCCAGGGCUGGAUCCUGCUGCUGUUCCACGCCAUCCCAGAAACGUACCUUUGUCUUCGGAAACCUCCACUGUCCAACACACAAAGUUUCUUCGAUACCAGUCACCCGACCUCACCUCCACCUUUUGAAGAUGAGCACCCUGCACACUCGCACCGACCCUUUCAAGAAAACCAGGCCUUUUCUAUCGAGGAGCACGGAGAAACUCUCCGAUCUGGAACAUAUCACAGUAACCAGGGCACAGCGCGACCUGGCAUCGCCUUCAGGGGUCACGUCUACCAACCCACUGAGAUGGCUCUGGUCAUGAAUGGGGGAACUAUGCCCACGGCUCCAAUAAACUAUACUGGGCGACGGUUAUGGUGAAACGGGACAAGACUGAAGAAUACAAUGAUGGUUGAUUUCCUGUUGCCUUUGAAAAGGGAGGAAAUAUUCAAGGCGCUACAUGUCACACAGAAUGGGUUUAUAGGAACUAACUGUGUCUGAUAUAUAUUUGUGUUUCUGCACAUCUGUUUGGAUAGGAACAAAUCUGGAUGGUAUUGAUAAAGUGCUGCUGAAUUUCUUGAUGAUGUCUUUAAGGCAGGCCAGUCAUUAAAUCGCAAGUGACCCAUAUUCCUCUUUUUUUCAUAAAGCGAGGGUUUACAGUGCAUUAAUACGAUCAAAUCAGAUCAGAAAACAAAGUCUUAAUUUUCAUUUGUAAAUACACUAAAGAGGAGCAUUUAUGGAGAGCUUAAGUUAUAUCAUAAGACGUAUUUAUCAGGAGAGAGAGAGCUCAGAGUGGCAGCUGAAUAAGCUGCUGUCACACCACAAGAAAGUAAAGAUGAUUCAAAUGAGAGGUAAACAUUGGAUAUGUGCUUUAUUUAAACUACAUUUUCAUUGUCUUUGGUAUACACUGGAGCUUGAAUAAAAUACUGUAUUAUGUUUAUGUAAAUUACCUUCAUACGCCCACACAGCCUGCUUGGCCCCUGUAAUUCAUGCUGGAAUGACCAAAAGGACUCAGUGUUUUUCUCCAGCUUGUUCUCAGUGCUGUCGGGCAGUUUGGCGGAUUUCAAUGUCAUACAUAUAACAGAGUCUGUAGAGAUCUGUUGGAUUAUCUGACAAUGUAAAAGGCUAAAGUGGAGUAUACAGCUCUAGAAUUACUCAUUUUUAAAGCAAGCACAUUAUUAAAAGCCAUUUAAUACUGCUAAACCUAUGGAGCAGUAUGUAGAGGUUGUAAUUUUGCACUUUAUCAGCGCUGGUUAAGUCUGGUAAUUGUGAUAUUUGAAAUGUAUUUGAGAUUAUUUGAGAAGCAUGUAAAAGCACAGUUUAUAGGCAAUGUUUUUAGUCUUAAAUAAUGUAUUCUGAGUGUUUUCUAGUAUUUUGAUAUACACAUAAAUAUGUCAGAGAUGUAGUUUUAGUGUUGAGCUCCAUGUUUAUCGCUGACAUUGUAAACGUCAGUAGACAAAAACAUUUGAAGUGCCCUAAAAGUAGAAAUUUAGACAUUCCAUACUCGGUGAACGCUGGAAAGCUCAGGAACAACAGCUUAAAGGACCAUUUUUGUCCACAAUUAACAGUGAAUUAUCGCUGAACGUUUCUAAAAUACGCUUUGAAUUCAACAAGGCCAUUAAUCAUUUUAUACACUUGAUCUGAGAUGUUUGCGACAUCACAUCAGGCUCUUUAUGCAGGUUCACAUUUAGAUUAUGUAUAAAAAUGACUGAAAAGUCCUCUAUAUAGUGAAUUGAACUAGAAAGUUAAACACAUUUGUACUGUUCAUAUGCAGUGCAUUCAUAAAGUUCUCAGAAAGUUGUCACUUUUUGCAGCCUGAUGCUUCAGUCAAAAAAAUAUAAAUAUAUGUUUUCAUUCUCAUUGGCCUACACUCAGUGCCCCAUAAUGAAAAAGUGAAAACAGAAUUCUAUUUUAUUUUUUUUGCAAAUUUAUUAGAAAUAAAAAACCUGAAAUAUAACAUUGACAUAAUUAUUUGGACCCUUGAGUCAUUUGAAUAUGACACAACAAGCUUUGCACACUUGUACUGGAGGAUUUUCUGACGUUUUUCUUUGCAAAUCCCCUCUAGCUCAGUCAGGUUGGAUGGGGACCAUCAGUGAACAGCCAUUUUCAGGACGUUUGACAGGGUUCAUGUCAGGGCCCUGGCUGAGCCACUCUAGUACAGUCAUAGAGUUGUCCCUACUCCAGUACUGUGUUGUAGUUGUUGUAUGCGCAGGGUCAUGGUCAUGUUGGAAGGUGAACCUUCAGCUGAGUCUGAGGUCCUGAGUAGGGCUGAAC